AUGGUGAAGCUCAAGGGUUCCUACACAGUCACUCCGGCAGUGCCAACUCCAGCUGGUAAGCUCUGGUUAUCAGAGGUCGACCAAUGUAAGCCCAUGACCCAUGCACCAAUCGUCUACUUCUACAACGCCCCCCUAACUGAUAACUCCAUCAUCACCACCACCAUCUCUACAAUGGACACCAUGAGAGACUCUCUGAGUAAAGUUCUGGUGAAAUUCUACCCAUUAGCCGGUAGGGUUCAAUGGAUCGAAGGAGGCCGGCUCGAGCUCGAUUGCAAUUCCAUGGGAGUUCAGCUCUUUGAAGCAGAGUCCGACAUGGAAAUCUCCGGCUUUGGAGACUUCAGUCCAACUCCAAAAAUGAGAGAACUCAUCCCUCACAUCGAUUACAGCCAACCCAUCACUGAAAUCCCUCUCCUUCUACUGCAACUCACCCAAUUCAGGUGUGGUGGAAGGAGUAUUGGUGUUGCCAUAUCUCACGCCGUGGUAGAUGGCCAGUCGGCAAUGCAUUUCACAAACACGUGGGCGAAGGUCACCCGUGGAGAGAACCUGGAGGAGACACCACUACCAUUCAUAGACCGAACUGUAUUACGUAGGAGCGAAUAUCCGCCCACCGCACGGUUCAACCACCCCGAGUUCGAUCCACCGCCUUUUUUAAUCGGUCAGACCGAUGGUGAAGAAGAGAGGAAGAAGGAAACUACGGUGGUGAUGUUGAAGUUGACGAGAGUUCAAGUGGAGACGCUCAAGAAAAAAGCUAAUGCUGCGACCAUGACUGGCUGCCGGCCGUAUACUCGGUUCGAAUCCAUAGCUGCACAUAUUUGGAGGUGUGCAUCGAAAGCCCAUCGGCACGAGUGUGAACAGCUGACACAUGUGCGCAUUGCCGUUGAUAGCCGGAACAGGCUUCGUCCAGUACUCCCAAAUAACUUCUUUGGGAACACAGUCUUUGUGACGAAUGCGACGAGCCGGGCGGGUGAGCUGAUGGGGAAUCCAUUAGGGUUUGCUGCAAGUAGGAUAAGAGAGGCAGUGGAUAAGAUGAAUGAUGAGUACUUUAAGUCUGCCAUUGAUUUUUUGAGAGGGCAAGCAGAUAUGAGACCUUUCAGGACUGCGUUCCAUACGGUCGGCUGUGCACAAGGGGCCUUCCUUGGGAACCCUAAUCUGGCUAUUACUAGCUGGCUAGGGUUGCCCAUCUAUGGUGCGGAUUUUGGGUGGGGAAAGCCAAUUUAUAUGGGACCCGUGGCGUUAGGGUUUGAAGGGAGGUCUUAUAUCAUACCAGGACCUGAUGAUGAGGAUGGAUCGUUCAUUGUUCCAUUACGAUUGAUGGCUGCACACAUGGAGGAUUUCAAGAAGUUCUUUUAUGGAGAGAUAUCUAAAUUUUUGAAUUUGAAAGCAGCAUAUUAG